AUGACUACAUUAAGAAAAGAAAGCGAAGAAAUGUUAAGACUGCAGCAGCAGCAGCAGCAGCAGCAGCAGCAGCAGCAGCACCAUAGACACAGGCACCAGCAUUCGAGGCAGCACCCUCACAGGGUGAGACAGCAGCAGCAGCAGCAGCAGCAACAGCAGCAGCAGCAGCAGCAAGUGUUGUCAAGACAGCGUAGGAGACAACAACAUUAUAAUGAAGAAGAUAUAGUGCAGCAGCAGCAGCAGCAGCAGCAGAAGCUGCAGCUGCUGCUGCAGCAGAAGCAGCAGCAGCAGAAGCACACACUAAGACGUCUUGCUGAGGAACAUAGUAGACAAGUACAGCAGCACCUGCAGCAGCAGCAGCUGCUGCUGCAGCAUGCACUGCAGCAGGAACUGCAGCGCGAGCACCUGCAGCAGCUGCUGCACAGGGAGUUGCUGCCUAAGGAGCUGCAGCAACUGGAGCACCAGCAGCAGCGGCAUCUGUACCAGCAGCAACUGCAGCAGCAGCAGCGGCAACUGCAGCAGCAGCAGCAGCAGCAGGAGACAAGUUGUGUAACUUGGCAAGAGUCUAGGGAAGUAGUAGAGCUUCGAUCUCCUGCUGCUGUUGCUGCUGCUGAGCAGCAGCAACAGCAGCACCAGCAGCAGCAGCAGCCACAGCUGCAGGAUGCGGAACAACAAGAAGCUCCUACCGCAGCAACAGCAGCAGCAGCAGCAGCAGCACCUGAAGCAGCAGCAGCAGCAGCAGCAGCAGCAGCAGCAGCAGAGGAGACCUUUGAGAUGCCUCCCCGCCUUAGUCGUUCAAUCGAUUGGAUUGUCGAUGUUGGCUGCAAUCCAGCAGCACGUGCUGCUGCUGCUGCUGCGCUGCAGCGCCGCGAGCAGCAGCAGCUGCAGCUGCAGCAGCAGCAGCAGCAGCAGCAGGUGAAGCAGAAAAGGAGACAGAAAAGUGUCCCCUCUCGUGGCAGCAGCGCAGCAACUUGCUGCGGCUCCUCCUUUACAGCAGAGGAGACACAAGAGGAGACAGCAGGAAGGAGACUAGCAAGAGAGAGACAGUUGCUGCAGCAAUCUAUACCUGAUAGUUUAUCUGCUGCUGCUGUUGCUGCUGCUGCACCAACUGCUGCAGCAGCAGCUGCUGCUGCUGCUGCAGCGGUGAAGCAAAAGGAGAGAAGAAAAGAGAGAAAGAGACACAGCAGAAAUGCUGCAGCAGCAGCAGCAAGGAGACAGACACCACCAAUGGAUAGCAGCAGCAACUGCAGCAGCAACAGCAGCAACUGCAGCAGCAACAGCAGCUACAACGAUCAACAGCUCUCGGACAGCAGCAGCAGCAGCAGCAGCAGCAAUAGUUACGAUAGCAGCAGCAGCAGCAACAGCAGCAGCAAAUAUUAUGCAGCAAGAAUAAAGGCAAUACAUAGAUUAAGAGCAGCAGCAGCAGCAGCAAAAAGGAGACAAUUGCUGCUGCAGCUAAGGAGACAAAAAGAGACAAAAAAAGAACAUCUAUGUUAUGCAGAUUAUAAUCUAGAUGUUGCCUUAUAA